AGCAGCGCCUCGUUGAGCUUCCUUUUUGUCCACACCGCCCACCACCUGGACGAGGACGUCACACGAUGCCCUCGACCCCAUCACAGAGACAGGGGCAGCGGCGACCGUGGUAUGCUCUGCCCGCUUCGGCCUCGUCAGGCUCGACAUCCUCUCUCUUCACAGCCUCGCCCCACACUCCCUCUGCCUCUGCCUCUGCCCCUCACGCCAAGCAUACACCCACUCGCCCUCAGCCCCGGCCCAGCUCAUCCGCCUAUAGGGAGUUCGACGAGCAGUCCUGGCUUCGCAACCUGACUGGGUCCAUCAAGUCUGCUCUUAAGCGACCGCGCGCGAAUAACAAUCAUAACGAUGAGUCUCUACGAGCAGCUAAGGCGAUGCGUAGCGAGCCGCGCAAGGGCAAGGAGCGCUUCGUCGUGGACGAAGGAGUGCAGACCGACGUGAACCUCGGCGACAGCGUCGCACAAAUGACCCACAUACGUGCACCUUCAACCGCCAAGCAGGGUAGCGUCUCUACCGGGCAGGGGGAGGCGGGUCAUCUCGCCGCGCAAGAGAUGCUGGCCCUAGCCGGGUUUGCUGAUGAGCAACAGCGCGAGGCGGAGGGGGGAGUGCUCGACUUGAAGGGAGUACUAGAUGCUCGACGUCAAGAUGGGAGAGAGGAGGACGACGAGCAGGAUCAGAUCAGACCUUCUGCGCCAGCUUCCAGAUUGGGAGUGGGAGAAGCUGAAGCUGCCCCUGCCCCGCGGCCUGUAGGGCAUGUCGAUGCGAGCAGUCUCUUCCAGCAAGGAAUCGAUAUCGAGGAGAUCUUGAGACGCAGGGCAGUCGCUGCGCUGCAGCAGGGAGGUGAGAAUGGCGAAAAUGAGGAGGAGGAAGAAGAAGAGGAUGACGACGACGACGACGAGCUAGGCGAGGACGAGGAUCAGGAAGAAGUGGAGCCUCAGCAGCCACGCAAGAGCUUGAUACAGGUGAUGGAUGACGACGAGGACGCCUCAGAGGAUGGCGAGGACGAGCAUGACGAGGAUGAGGAGGAAAGCGAAUGGGAUCUACCUGACUUCGCCGGAGGACAAGCCGCCUUCGCUCCUCCUUUGGCCGACGCUAUCGACGAAGAGGAAGACGACGAUGAGGAAGAAGAAGAGGAAGACUUCAGUGAAGAGGAGCGACGCCCCAAUCAGUCGCACAUCCCCAUCGCGCGCUCCGGGGCUUCUGCGGACGAUGUGAUUGAGAUUGGGAGCUCUUCGGAUGAGGACGAGGAGGAUGAGGAGGAAGAGGGCGAAGAGGAGGACGAGGAAGAGGAGGACAAGGAGGACGAGGCGGAGCUCGCAGAGGAGGCAGGAGAAGAAGACGAAGCUGAGAUGGUCGACGGCGAUGACGACGCCGUUGCAGAAGACGAGGAAGAGGAAGGCGCCAGUCUGGCAAGCCACGACGACGAGGGCAGCGACGAUGCCUUCGACCCAGCAGCAGCAGCAGGCUCCGGCCAAGGAUUUACACAAGACGCCCUCGACCUUGACGCAGGCGGCUCGGCCAACAUUUUUCCCCUCAGCGACGCCGACGAGGAAGACGAAGACGCGGACGCGGAGGAAGAGGCAGACGCCUGGGACGAGGAAGCUGCGCAGACUUUGGACAACCAUCAGACUGGCAACGACGCUGGCGAAGACGACGACGAGGACGGAGAUCGACCAGACGUGUCCAUCGACGAGGCUCGCUCUAAUUCCAUCGACGAAGGACGCGGCAACUAUGAGCCGGCAGAUCCUCCUUCCACGACUGCCAUGGAAGCAAAUCAGUUCCUGCCCCAACUCGCAAUUGGCAGUGGGCUCCCUACCGGAUUCACCCCCGCCUCGGAGCUUCUACCCCUGCGCAACAUCGACGCAAAGCCCUCCUCGAGCGCAGCGAGUGUUGCGUCCGCUGGGAGUGUAGAGAAGCGCCAUCAAGAUCCCGCUACACCGGCUCCGGCCACCCACACGAUCGACGCCAAUCCAUCCUCGGCCGGGGAGCUCGUCGACCUCAAGGCUCAAGUGAGGCAACCGGUCCCUUCCGGGCCGCCGAGCAUCGCUGCCACGGAGGGGAGCGAUGCGGCAGCGGCCAAGGAGAAGGAAAAGGAGCUGCGCGAUGUUGACGUCGACGUUGCCCUUAAACCCGGGCUUGGCCAAGAGAACCCCUCCUCAUCGUCCAACACUCUACCCUUGCCAGGCGUGGGCCCCGAUGCGCUUCCCCCUCCCCUCGCUACGCCCUCAAAGGCUCACCCGCCCCCGCCUGCCCAACCGCAGGACGGCAAAGCGCUUUCGGAGCUCAAGGGUCGUGUACGCCUCCUCGCCGGCGAAGGGGAGGGGAGUCGUGCGCCGAGCGUGGCGGCGGCUACUAUUGACUCGCGCGAGGGGGAAGGGGAGAGAGAGGCGACGAGUCCCUCCCUGCAGCAGGGUGAGCAGGACCCCACCGCGGGCGCAGCUGCGCUUGUCGAGGUCAAGGAGCAAGUAGCAGCGCCCCUGCAAGGAGAGGGAGAACGAGAGGAGAUGGGUGCCCUUUCUUCUAAGAGCGAGACCGGUGGUGAUAUCAGCACCGACACGAAUGGGCUUGCUGCCUUUGGCACGCCGCCCCUUCCCACUACCGCGCAGCGAGAAAUCCCUGUCAUCGACGAGGUGGGCGAUACAGAGGGCAGGGCUGAGGCCGAGGUUGACCCUUUUGACGCUGGAGAUGGCAGCUUGCAUGUCGACAUCGAGGCCGAGGGCCCUAUGUGUGAGGAGCCAGAAGAGGGGCAGCCGCGCUUGGCUAAGGAGGUCGUCGAAGACGAGAAGCAAGAGGACGUCUCAACCCCUCAAGAGCGAGGCGACACACUCACAGCGCAACCGGAAGGAGCAGAGCCCCACGUCGCGUCCAUGGGAGCGGACAUGGAAAUGGAAGACCUCCUUGACCUGCCCGACGAAGAGGAGGAGAAGCAGCAAGAGCAAGAGCAAGAGGGCAAAGAAGGGAUAGACGACGCCGACAGCGCAGAAGAUGAUGAUGGCACCGCAGCCGCAACGGCAACCCAGCCUGGUACCAAGGAGCAACGCGCUCACACUCCCUCUCCGUCCCCUGUCGCCGUCCCGAUGAGCGGCUCAAACCCUCCGGCAGCUCGGACAGAGAGUCCUCGCGCAACGCAAUUCUCUCCUUCGCGUCGUAGUCACCGUCGCAACGGCUCGCCCUCUCCCUCCUCGAAUCCUUCGUCGCCCGUGCCCACCAGCAUUCGAGGGAUGCGUAAGCAUCUGCGCGCUUUAGCUGCUCAGCAGGAGGGUGAGCCAAGCCAGAGUCAGCGCUCCUUAGCCCAUACUGCUACGGACUCGGGGGACGCGAGCUACGUGCCAAGCUCGGAGGAAAAUAUUUCCGCGACUGACACAGCAGCGCCUGUACCGGAUCCGGCAAGACAGCGCAUCCGCUUCAGACAUCGUCACAUGCACGGCCAUGCACGCGAGGCAUCUACGGUAGACGACGAGCCCGAGCUGGAGGACCAUGUUGCCGAGGAUGAAAAGGGAGGGACCAGCAGCAGCGAUGAGGAAGCGCGCAUCGCUCCUCCAACGACGCGAUCGCACUGCGGUUUCGAGAAACUUGCCUUGCGCGUCCCCGUCCCCGUCGCCGCCGCCUCCUCCUCCUCCUCCUCGGACCAGCAAGAGGACAUCAUCCUAAUCGUCCCUCUCUGCUCGAUCAGGCACGAUCGUCUACAAGAAGAAGGGGCGCGGGCGCUGGGUCGUGCUAGUAAGCGUGAGAAUCGGGAGAAGGUAGAGGUAGAAGCGGAUCUGCUCGAGGAGGAGACGUACCAUCGACUGGCGAGGUUGAUUGGACAGGAGAUGCUGGGGGAGGCGUGGAUUCUUCCUGAUGCUGGGAAUGGAGAGGGACCUGCGGGCGUGAGUGCGCCGGCUGUAUCUACUCCGGCGAAGGAGGAGAGGAAGAAGGGGCACAAAAGGGCGAGGAGCAGUCAGGGUGGUGGUGGUGAUCGGGAUUGGCUUCCCCACGACAGCGACGAGUUGGAGGGGAAGACGAGGGCUAAGGCAAAGGCAAAGGCGAGGGAAAAGGCGGCAGCCGAGCAUCCAGGCUUUGAUGCUGAUCUUUCGUUCGAUACGCUUGAGGGCGAGGAGCAACAGCAGGAGCGCCGCGACGACGACGACGACGACGACGACGACGAUGAAGAAGUCGAAGAAGCAGAACACAGUCCACCCGCGCAAAAGCCCCGCCGUACACCCUCCCGCAGCGCUAAGCAGGGCAGCGUGGAGCCGACCCCCACCAAGACUCAGGCCAAGGCCAAAGGCAAAGGCAAAGGCCGUCGAUCCGCAGCUGCUACGAGCAGAAGCAAAGAGCAAGCUCUGUCAGGCUCUCCCACGAAGAGAGAUCUGCGCCUGCGUCGCUCCACGUCGGUCAAGCCUGAGGACGCUGAUAGCGGUGCACGUAGCCCUGGGCCCAGCACGCGCGCAACGCGACGUCGAGCGUCCAAGGAUGCGGAGCUACAGCAGGGAGAGUCAGAGCCGGAGGCAGAGGAAGAGACGGGUACGAGAAUGACACGAUCGCGCAGUGCGAAGAGAAUGUAGAUUGUUUUUUCUCUCUACUGAAUGUCAUCGUAGUCACAGACAGUAGUGGCGUGGCCGUCGCGUGGCAAAGGGUUCUCCGUCCGUGCGCCGAGGCGAGGGCUCAGUC